UGAAGAUAUCAGGGAGCGCAGUGAUAACCGCUCGGACAUGCCAGAAGGUCCAGAGCUUCACUUCGCCAGUCUCUAUGUUAAUAACAGAUGUGAUGGAUUGCGUUUCGGAGGUAAGGUGGAGAAGUCGGCAAUAAGCAAAAAUUUGGAAGUGCCGUUCAGCUGUCCGGAGUACACCAUCCGCGCUGUCUCUCGGGGAAAAGAAGUGAAGCUGAUCCUCACGCCUGUGGCAGAUGGAGCUGACGUGGCCUGCAUUGUCUUCAGAUUUGGUCUGUCUGGAAGGUUCAAGCUCACCACAGAGGAAGAACUCCCCAAACACGCUCACCUGCGCUUCUACACCCUGGAUGCUCCCCGGCAAGUUCUAUCCUUUGUGGAUCCACUACGCUUUGGAAACUGGGUGUAUAACGGCACAUGGCAGAGGGAGCGCGGGCCUUGUGUGAUAACAGAGUAUGACAAGUUCAGGGAGAACGUAUUAAAACACUUGUCUGCGAAGCUAUUUGACAAACCGAUCUGUGAGCUCAUGCUGAACCAGAAAUACUUCAAUGGGAUUGGCAACUACUUGCGAUCAGAGAUCCUGCAUCGGCUGAAGAUUCCUCCAUUUACCCCAGCACGUGUUGUCCUGGAAAGUGUGACCAAUCAAAGCCAGAACGGAGACCUUUCUCUUAGUAAGAAAAUCAAGAUCAAGAAAGAAAAUCCCGACUUUUUACAGCUUUGUAACUCUGUGCCUUUGGAGGUCAUUCAUUUGGCGGAAAAAGGUUUUAACCGUGGGCAUCAUCAUGACUAUACUGUCGUGUUGCAGUGGAUGCAGUGUUACAAUGCUCCAGGAAUGAAAUCUCUGAGAGACAGCAAUGGGAGGACAAUCUGGUUCCAGGGAGAACCAGGCCCACUUGCUCCGAAAGGGAAGAAAGCGCUAAAGAAACGCAUAUCUGUGGAUAUCAAACCAGUCAAGGUUAAGUCUAAAGCAACUAAAAGGAAAUCUACAAGGGGCAAAUUGACAGCUGUGAAGAAAGAGUGCAAAGAAGUGAAGGUUGAAGCAGGAGAGGAAACUGCUGUAAAAAGGAAAAAGGCCAAAAUGACUGAAAAUACAACCGAAAAAGCUAAAAUGAGAAAUAAAGGAGAACAAGGAAAGAGGUUGCAAAGAGGAAAGAAAACUGUAGACCCUAAAGUGAAGGUCAGUGGGCGACAGUCCCACCGAAGCCCAAUGCCAAAGACUCCAUCAAGAAGAGGAAAAGCUAUAAAACAAGAGAAAGAAGAUGUGCCUACACCUAAUCCCAGGCCAAGGAGGCUCAGGUCUGAUGUGGGCAACCAGCCAAAGGACUCGCCGAAGUCGAAGCCUAGAACAAGAAGAAAAUCUGCUCUACGUGCUGCAGAGAACAAGUCAUGAACGCCUACUAGAAGCCUGUUAUAAGAGAACCCCGCUGCUCAUGUAUUUUAUGCAAAUCUGCUACCGGUUUUUAACCAGCUUGGUCCUUCAGGGAAAAAAAAAAAUCAUGUUUAUACAUUUUUGUUUUGCUCUUAAGUGUGGUUUCUGUCAAAAUACCAUAUUUUAUAUUAAAAUGUAUUUUAUAACCU